UCGGUACUAACGGUAGCUGAAUGUAUAACGACGGUUUAAAAAGGUGUUGAAGACAAAUGAACCAGGAUUCUGGGUUAAACAUGUGGACUCUCAUGAUCUUAAGAGGAUCUCAUGAUGAACUUCCUCCUCAGAGCCGGACGACUCUUCAGCGCUGACAGCAGAGCAGAGAGAGCAGCUCAGAGUUCACAAGAUCAACGAGAGGAAACUGUGCAUCGCCCGUCUGGGAUCAGCCGUGGUGUCGGACCCCUACAGUAAUAUAAAGCGAGUGAAGGAGCUGCGUGGGAUGCUGAUGGAGUCAGACCCUUCUGUGGCGGUGACAGUCAGGAAGCUGGUGAUGGUUUCUCUGAUGGAGAUCUUUAAAGAUGUCGCCCCCACCUACAGGAUACGUCCUCUGACCCCCGAGGAGAAGGCCUCCAAGGUGAAGAAGGACACUCAGCAGCUCAGAGACUUUGAAGAGGGUUUGGUGAGUCAGUAUAAGUUUUACCUAGAGGACCUGGAGCAGACAAUCAAAGACUGGAAGCAGACGAAGAAGAAGCGCAGUCAGGCGGUGGGUUUCCAGUCGUACCUCGGUCUGGCUCAGGUUGCCAUUCGUUGCCUCUGUGAGUUGCUGCUCGCUCUUCCUCACUUCAACUUCCACAACAACAUCAUUGUCGUCCUUGUUCCCCUGAUGAAUGACUCCGUCAAGCAGGUGUCAGGUAUGUGUUGUGAUGCGUUCAGGAAGCUCUUCCAGCAGGACAAAGAGGGCGGGGCUUCCUUGGCCACUGUGCGGGUCAUCUCCGGCCUCGUCAAGAGCCUCGGCUUCAACGUCAGACCUGAGCUGCUGAGGACCCUGCUCAGUCUGCGGAUAAAGGAGGUGCAGAUGAAGAAGGACAUCGAAGACACGGCACCAAAGAAGAAGUUCAUGAACAACAAAGAUAAGAGGAAGAACCUGUCCAGGAUGCAGAGGAAGUGGAAGAAGGCUGAGGAGAAGUUGGAGAAGGAGCUGAUGGAGGCUGAAGCCUCUGAGAGCAAAGAGAAGAAGAUGAAGCUGCACACAGAGACUCUGAACAUCGUCUUCCUCAUUUACUUCAGGAUCUUAAAGAAAGCUCAGAAAUCUGUUCUUCUUCCUGCUGUUCUGGAGGGACUGGCUAACUUUGCUCACCUAAUCAACCUGGAGUUCUUUGACGACCUGCUCAACGUGCUGCAGAACCUCGUCCAAUCAGGAGGUCUGACCAAUCGGGAGAGUCUCCACUGUAUCCAGACAGUGUUCACCAUCCUGUCAGGACAAGGUGAAGUCCUGAACAUCGAUCCACUCACCUUCUACUCUCAGCUCUACAAAAUGCUGCUGAGGCUCCACGCAGGGGUGCCCAAUGAUGACAUCAUCAUCGUGCUGCGCUGCCUGGACACCAUGCUGACUCGCCGCAGGAAGCACGUGAGCCUGCAGAGGGCGAUGGCGUUCGUGAAGCGUCUGAGCGUGCUCAGUCUGCACGUGCUGCCCAACGCCAGCGUGGGGGUCCUCGCCGCCAGCAGAGCCACCGUGCACGCGUUUCCUAAGUGUGACUUCCUGUUGGACAACGAGGUUCAGGGCAGCGGCUUCUAUCUGCCGGAGCUGGACGAGCCUGAACACUGCAACGCCCAGAACACGGCACUGUGGGAACUACACACACUGCAGAGACACUACCACCCGGUGAUCCGGAGGAUGGCGCUCCAUCUGUCUCACGGAGCUCCCAGUGACGGCUCGGCGUCUCUCGGAGUGGAGCUGAGCCGCAGGUCUCCGGUGGAGCUGUUUAAUCUCUACAGCGUCAAGGACAUGACAUUUAACCCCCCUGUAGCUCCGCCCGGCAGCAAGAAGAAGGACCGGUUUGUGUUCGGAGCGACGCUGCUGGACGCGGAGCUACAGAGACGAGCUGAGAGAGUCCUCACUGUGCCUGAGGAGACAGAGCUGGACUUUACUACAGCACACUGACACACACAGUUCUAAUCAUACGUUCAUGUUUCAGGUUCAACUUGUUCUUCACAUUAAAAUACAUAUUUUAUUGUUAUUUCUAAAUCUCCUGUUGUACUUUGAUUGUGUGAGUAAAGAGUUUCUGGUAAUAC